AUGACAGACACCUUGACCUUCAAUCAAACUCUGAAGGCGAUUGCAGAAUUCAUCGAGGUAGCUAUACACACCAUCCUAUAUGUUCGCCAGAUAUAUCCCCCAGACCUAUUCGUGAGACGGAAAAAAUACGACACGCCCGUUUACCAGUCCCGACACCCUGCCUUGAAUGAGUAUAUAUCAGGCGCUGUCAAAGCUGUUGCAGACGAGCUUGUUCUGGGGAACGUGGACAAAGUCGUGGUCGUUAUGAAGGACAGGGAUCAUGUCGCUGUAGAACGCUUUAUUUUCUCCGUGAAGAACAUGAUCCAAGUUGAAUCAUACGAUAAAGACACCAGCGUCCAGGAUGCAAUGACACCUGCCACGCUUAGCCAAUACUUCCGGUCAUUCCUCAUCAAACUAACAAUGAUCGAAUCCCAGCUGGGAUUACUCGAGCACCAUGAAGAUUAUUCGUUUGCCAUAGUAAUGGAACUUAACGACGAGAAGGUUCCAUCUGUGAGUCGGGACAAGAAUCCUCCGCCUUGGGUUCUCGCGGACCAGCAGCACACCACAUCAGGGGCAUCAGAGGAUUCCCAGCUCCACCUGUUGCGCGCAGUCGAUACUGGAAUUAUCAGUCUUUCUUUGGCGGUGCAAGAAUCAGGGGAGAAAUUUCAGAAAGUUGUGUCCUCUGAUCCAAAAGGAAAGGGAAAGGAGAUAACUUAG